UGACGUGGGACAGCGGCCAGUCGGUAAACUGAUACUAAGUCGGCAGCCGACAGUCGUGUUGUGUGCUGAAGUAGGAACUAAACACGCUGAGCAUGCAGCGCGCGGGCCCCAGCUCGGAGCGGUCGCCGCUGGUGCAGCCGACAUACACCUUCGAGACCAGCGUCUCCAAGUCCUACCAGCAGCGACUCCGGACCUUCCAGUGCAUCAUCUGCGUGGUGUUAUUUGUGUUUCUAAGUGUGGUGGUGCUGGUGACUGUGUCGUACAACCUGAUGAUGGACUUCGCCAGCAACUCGAGCGAGGUGAUGGAGGCCCGGGGGCCACUCAAAAUGGCCUUGGGUGACGACAUCUCACCGAUACUGAAUAUUACGUGGCCUUUGAAACAUUUCCGACCAGAUCCAGCGUGGGUAGGCGAGUGGCCGUCCAAAGAGAAGCUGGCCGAAGCCAUAGCUCGGGGCAAAGAGAAGCUCCGGCGGAAGAGGCUAAUGGAAGACGUCCUGGCGCCGCUAGACCUGGACACCCCCGCGUCCAGAGCCCAGAGCGCGGCGUACACCUCCUCCGUGAUCAAACCCUGGGCGGACAACGCGUAUGCCGUGGAGGAGGCGACCAGGGUUUUGAUUAACGGCACCCCAGCAUCGAUAAUCGGGAACGGCAUAGGCAUAGGACCCAAGGUUGAAGGACUCACUGACAUGCCAUUCUACUGCACGGAGAACCCUCCUCCCUGCCCGCCGACCAAGUACAGGUCACAAGAUGGCUCCUGCAACAACCUCCAGCACCCGUUGUCUUGGGGCGUCGCUAAUACGCCUUUCCGAAGAGCUGAAACGCCGUGGUAUGGAGAUGGUAUCAGCUCCCCCCGUUUUCCCAAGGAUACGAAGGAACUGCCGAGUGCUCGUGACGUGAGCGUGACCGUCCACCGUCCCUCGUACGCCCACGACUCCGGCUUCACCGUCAUGCUGGCGGUCUGGGGACAGUUCAUUGACCACGAUAUUACUGCCACGGCGUUGAGUAAAGGAGCUAACAACACCGCACUGAAGUGUUGCGACCAGACUCAACCGCCUCACCCGGAGUGCUUCCCCGUGAAGCUGGACGUGGAAGACCCCUUCUACCAGAACUACAACCUCACCUGCAUGGAGUUCGUGCGAUCUGCGCCGGCGCUCAAUUGCAACUAUGGUCCUAGGGAACAAGUGAACCAAGCUACCGCCUUCCUCGAUGGGUCCACCGUGUACGGUUCUAGUGAGUUCAAGACCACACAAUUGAGGACCACUGCUGGGCAGCUGAGGAUGCUGAAGGUGGGCAUGCGGGAGCUGCUGCCUCCGUCCACGGACCCCAACGACGGCUGCAACACAGUGGAAAUGAACGCUAAGGGCAGAUACUGUUUUGAAUCUGGUGAUGACCGCGCCAACGAGAACCUGCACCUGACUACGAUGCACCUGAUUUGGGCGCGGCAGCACAACCGCCUGGCGCGGGAGCUGAAGUUGCUGAACCCGGGGUGGUCGGAGGAGGUGGUGUUCGAGGAGUCCAGGCGCAUAGUCGGCGCGCAGAUGCAGCACAUCACGUACUCUGAGCUACUGCCUUCUAUACUGGGUGAUGACAUAAUGUUUGCUCUGAACCUCACUCUCAAAGAAGAGGGAUAUUCAGACAGUUACGACCCUACGGUAGAUCCCUCCAUCGCUAACCACUUCUCAGCUGCUGCUUUCAGAUUCGCACACACGUUGUUACCUGGCCUCAUCCGCAACACGGAUGCUAGCACGGGCUCCAUCAACUACGUCCACCUCCACCAGAUGCUGUUCAACCCCUACACCCUGUACAACAAGAAGGGCCCGCAGACCGCCAUGAGCUCUGCCAUGAACACCCUCGUGCAUUCUGUUGAUCCCCACGUUACUGCUGAGCUAAGUGAGCAUCUGUUCGAGCGCCCCACCGCGCUGAACGGGUCCAUGGUCGAGAUCACCCAGGCCAAGCCUGCAGGUCCCUGCGGCCUAGACCUGGUGUCCCUCAACAUCCAGCGCGGGAGGGACCACGGCCUGCCUCCGUACCGCGUGUGGAGGGAGCACUGCGGCCUGAGCAGACCCUGGGACUUCGGUGACCUUGAGACGGUGUUCGAUGAUGUCUCGCUGACAAGGAUCAAGCAGAUCUAUAGUCACGUGGACGACAUAGACCUAUACACGGGGGCGCUGGCCGAGAACCCGCGAGGACGACUCCUGGGCCCCACCUUCACGUGUCUCAUCGCCGACCAGUUCCUGCGCCUGAAGAUAGGAGACAGGUUCUGGUAUGAGACCAGCGAUCCGGAGGUGCGGUUUACGGAGGAGCAACUCGUGGAAAUCCGUAAGACGACGCUGGCAAGCGUGAUCUGUGCCAACGAGGUGCUGCUGGACCAGGCCCAGCCCAGGGUCAUGGAGGCGCUCAGCCCCACCAACCCGCUGGUGGACUGCAUGGAGCUGCCUCAACCUUCUCUUGCACCCUGGAAGGUGCCAACUCCGGAGCCAACCCAGUAAGGGUUUUGAUACUCAGAUGAGGAUCUUAGUCCAAGUGAUUUCCUAGUAGAUGUAAAAUUGAUUCAUAGACUAAUGGCGAACCUAUAUUGGUCGGGUUAUAUUAAGUCAACGUAAUGGAGGCUACCGCGUGUGAAUUUGCCACUAGAGGCGCUAGUGUCGCGUGAGGUCUAAAAAAGUCUAUUUUGUACUAGUUUUAGCGGUCUUCGUGACACAAAUUAUUAUUUAUGCUAUUUACCUGUUGAAAAGCGAUCUCCUAUGUAAAUUAUCCCAAAAAAUAUUAUUUUGCGAUCAAUGUAAAUGCUU